GAAAGAAGUACUUGGCUUCCUAAUGUAUCUUUUUUCCUCUUUCUCUGAAGAGAAGCUGUGUCCCCUUCGUGCCUCCAUUGAUGUGCUAGAAGGGGAAUAUUUUUUCCUUUGUUAUCUUGAGUCGAUGCAAGAACAUUUUCAGGAAGAAGCAUACACAAUAAACUGGUACAAAGAAAAUGCUGGAAAGCAGCAACUGAUAAAGGAAACACACAGAAUUGUUUCCCACAUGAAUUUCUUGGAGUUUUGGCCAGCUGAACUCAGUGACUCUGGGAAUUACUCUGUCACUCACAGCAAUGGAAAACAAAAUUUCACAAUUCAAAAGUGGACCUUGAAUGUACUUGAAAAAAAUAAAAGCAGCUGUUUCAACAAAAAUCAUUUAACUACAGAAAUUAAAAAUGCUGGAACUGGUCAUUCACUGAAAUGCAGUGAUUUAUCUGUCAAUGAAAAUGACAGCAUAACAUGGUACAAGGACUGUAAGAACUAUGAAAAUGAAACAGAGCGGGAACUGGAUUUUAAAACCUUAACGGUGCAGCACUCUGGGAUAUAUACCUGUAAAAUUUUAAUCAGUCAUGAAGGAAAGAUAUACCACAGCACAAAUACAAUUAAGCUGGUAGUAGAAGAAGAUGCACCAGAGGCUGUAACUUUGGAGAUAGUUGGACGUGAUGAAGAAAUUGAAACAGAAAUAGGUAAAGAAGAGAUACUCAAUUGCACGGGUUUCUUGGGUUAUAUGCAAGAAGAUGCCAGCCUCUACUGGUUAAUUAAUCAAAAUUUUCCAGAAAAAUGCUCAGGUAUCCCUGAGAAUGGACCUUUGAUAUGUGAAGAAGAGUUAAAAAAAUUACGAUUGGGAAACAAGUUCUAUGUUACAAGGCUACUAUGGAUUAGAAAAGUAACAGAUGAGGACAUGCAUCAUAAUUUCACCUGCAUGUUGCAAGCUGAUGAAAGAACACAAAUAAAAACAGUGACAUUGAAGAAAGGCGACACCCGAGACCUGCCUGUGCACAUAUUUACAACUGGAAUCAUCCUUGCGGUACUAUUUUCAUGUGUUGCUGUAGCUGCGGUAUUUGUCUGUGUGAUGUUUAGAGUCGACUUAGUUCUAUUUUACAGGAACAUAUGCAGAAGAGACGACACUGCUGGAGAUGGAAAAGAAUAUGAUGCAUUUGUGUCCUACCUGAAAGACUGUGUUUCUCCUACUGAAGAAGAGAGAGAAUUUGCUUUAAAGAUAUUACCCAUGAUAUUAGAAGAAAACUUUGGGUACAAGUUAUGUAUAUUUGAGAGGGAUGUAUCCCCUGGAGGAGCGGUUGUUGAUGAUAUCCAUUCAUUCAUUGACAAAAGUCGACGAUUAAUCAUUAUACUGAGCCAGAACUACGUUUCUGACAAAGCCAUAUACGAACUUGAGAGUGGACUGCAUAAAGCCCUAGUUGAAAGGAAAACUAAGAUCAUAUUAAUAGAAUAUAUGCCUAUAAGUGACUACAAUUUCUUGCCAGAAUCACUGUCUCUUUUACCAUCAAAGAGGGUUGUCAAGUGGAAAAAGGAUAAAUCUCUUCCUGUGAAUUCCAGAUUUUGGAAGAAACUUCGGUACCUGAUGCCAGCGAAGCCUACCAAGAUAAACCCCAAAAGGCACUAUAAUAGUCUUGACCUAGGCUCAGAAGGGGCUCAACCGCGGACUGAGGGCUGUGACUUUAAUGCAGUCAUAUAACUAUUCUGGAGAGAGAAGGUGCUGCAGAAAACUGUGCAUUUUGCUAACUACUAGAAAACACAAACUGCACGCUUACUUUGGGAAGAUAGUGUUCCUAAGAAGCCAAGUCUGAGAUCUGAGAAUGUAGAAAUUGUUAUAGUGGCUAGGAUGAUGCUAACCCCAAUGCUAAAUGCUAUCCCAGAGAGAGUUUCCUCAGCGAUCUGCACAAGGAGCAGAAAUUUGAUUCUGCUUAGGACUUACCACAUGGCACAAAGCACAAUGCAAAACAUUUUGAUUUCCUGCAAUGUAGAAUGAUAUUAGUUAUACUUGCAUACUUUCUGAGGCCCCACAAUAAAUAUAUCAGGAUUUGCAAAGUAUUAUUAUUUAGAUGGUCUUGGGUUUGUAUUUUGGAAUUUUCUAAGGAUCCUGUUUGGGGGUAGACCCAAAUGGCUCCUGCCCUGGAGAACUUGGCAUGGAGACUUUGGGCAAUGUCAAGCAGAAAAAUCAAGUGAAAACAGAGAAAAGGGAGGUUAGGAAGAGUAGGGCAGAUUUGGUUGGGUUAACAGUAUUCACUACUAGCUCAUAGGCAGUCUAGACAAGCCAAGUGGAAUUGAUUUAGAGGAAUGGUAAAGACUGUUUCCAUCCUCCUAUUUCACUGAGAAAAAUGUAAAUGCUCAUUUUGGCAGGGAGACAAGGGGAAUGGGAUAGAGACAAUUGUAUUUUGUUCAUGGGCACUGAUAUCUGCAUUAUACCCUGAACCACCUUUAGCUGAGGGAUGUAAGGCAUUUAUGUGAAAAUGAGAUCUUUGAUAUGUUUGUAUACUCCUAAGCGUUUGGAACAUUGGUACUUAGUAUUUUUUGAAACAAACUUGGUAAUGCUGCUCAAAACCAUGGUAAUCCUCCCUUAUUAGCUGCCUAUUGUUUAGGUUG